CCCUGACUGGGGAUUGAAACUACAACCUUGGUGUAUCAAGAUGAUGCUCUAACCAACUGAGCUACCUGGUCAGGGAGCUGCCAUUCUUAAAUUGUAAGGUAUUCAUUCCUCCAACUAGAUUAUAAACACUAAAAUUAGACACCAAAACAAAGUCCUUAUACUCACCUUUAUAUCAGCUUAUAGUCACUACCUUAAGUAUAGCAGACACCAAAUAAGAAUUACCUGAUUCUCGUAGAACUCCAGUUUCUAGGGCUUAGGCUUGUAUGAAGAGAAAAGGAGGUGUCAUGGCUGUUAGUGGCCACUAGAGGCUCUCAGGGCUGGGCAGAGUAUGGGGGCUGUGUAUAUGUGAUCUCCCACUACCCCCCACCUGGCCAGAGCUAAAAUAAUAAAAUGCUGAGCUCACUGUUCCCCCACCCUUUCCCCCCACACCCGGGCACUGGGCUCCUCCUGCCGCAGGGACAGUGCUCCAGUAGAACAGACAGACUGACCGACAGAAGGGGAGGUGAGGGAAGUGGCCAUCAGGACUGGUAGGUGGGGAAGGCAGGGGGCUUAUGGGUCAGAGCCUGGUGGGAGAUGGGAAGAGUGGCUCCUAUUGGGAAUAAUACAAAGUGUGUCUCUCUGUCACUCAGUGUAUGUUUCUGCUACUGUCCGUCAUAGCCUUUAACUGUGUAGUUUAUAUUGUCAAUGUAAAUAUCACACACUUUCUGGCUUUUUCCUAUUAAGCAUGAUGUGUAUGUGUAGCUUAUGUGUAUUUUUCAUAUUGUAAAAGAUUGUGCAAGUUUAAUUCUCCCACUGCUUUUAAAGAAACUAUCCCAUUUAGAAAGCAUUUCCCACCCAUUGGUCUGGUGUCACCUUCCUGUCCAAAGCCAGGGACAAAUUAUGGGGACUCAGCCCCUCCUCCUGAGGCCAUUCCACCCUUCCCCCAACCUGGAAGUACCCGCUCCCCCAGCUUCUCUGUGCCCUUGCUUUCCCUUAGGAUUUAGAGCUUUAGCAAACAUAGUGAAAUCUUGAUCCCCUAAAAUAAAAGAAGAAAUGAGGGUGGGAUAAGAGAAUCGUUUCCCUACCCCUCCUCCCCCAAUCCUUGCUUUCUUAAACCAGUUUAGGAAAAAGACUGGAUUAUGGGGAAGAGAGGGAGAAUAUCCCUGGAGUUCUCUGCCCCCUCCCUCCUUUCAAUAGAACUGGGCCUGGGGCCAACAGUGUUGGCAGGGCUCCAGGCAGCUGUGUUAGGUCAGGAGGCCCAAUGGGCGAGGUAAAGGGGAGGGGUGCGGCCAGGAUUUCUCCGUCAUAUAGUGGGAAGGCAAGUCUAGCCUGGAUCCUGGGAUCCUCGUCCAGAGCAACUGAAAGCUGGGGAAGCAGGAAGGAGGCUCUGGUUCUAACUAACCCUAACUUUCCCCCAUCUUCCCAUGCCCAACUAGAUUUCUAACCUUAAGGCAUCCAGUUUAUUGUUCUCCCUAGCUGGUCUCUGUGUCCCUACUAUGUUUGUCCAUGUAGGUCUUUCCAUUGUCCAACCACUUUCCCCAUGUUCCCCAGGCUCUGUGAGUGCUACACUGUGGGGAGGGGGUGGGGGCCAUCAUGUCAUCGUAUCUGAAGGAACUGGAGAAAUACAGAGACAUAGAUGAAGAUGAGAUCCUAAGGACCUUGAGCCCCGAGGAGCUAGAGCAGCUGGACUGCGAGCUACAAGAGAUGGACCCCGAGAACAUGCUCCUGCCAGCUGGACUAAGACAACGUGACCAGACAAAGAAGAGCCCAACAGGGCCACUGGACCGAGAGGCCCUUUUGCAGUACCUGGAGCAGGAGGCACUAGAGGUCAAAGAACGUGAUGACUUGGUGCCCUUCACAGGCGAGAAGAAGGGGAAACCAUAUAUUCAGCCCAAAAGGGAAAUUCCAGCACAGGAGCAGAUCACUCUGGAGCCUGAGCUGGAGGAGGCACUGGCCAAUGCCACAGAUGCUGAAAUGUGUGAUAUUGCAGCAAUUCUGGGCAUGUACACACUGAUGAGCAACAAGCAAUAUUAUGAUGCCAUCUGCAGUGGAGAAAUCUGCAAUACUGAAGGCAUUAGCAGUGUGGUGCAGCCUGACAAGUAUAAGCCAGUGCCAGAUGAGCCCCCAAAUCCCACAAACAUUGAGGAGAUACUAAAGAGUGUUCGAAGUAAUGACAAGGAGCUGGAGGAGGUGAACCUCAAUAAUAUACAGGACAUCCCAAUACCCAUCCUAACUGAACUGUGUGAGGCCAUGAAGGCAAAUACCCAUGUCCGGAGCUUCAGUCUGGUGGCCACAAAGAGUGGUGACCCCAUUGCCAACGCGGUGGCUGACAUGUUGCGUGAGAAUCGUAGCCUCCAGAGUCUGAACAUUGAAUCCAACUUCAUUAGCAGCACAGGGCUCAUGGCUGUGCUGAAGGCAGUUCGGGAAAAUGCCACACUCACUGAACUCCGUGUAGACAACCAGCGCCAGUGGCCUGGUGAUGCAGUGGAGAUGGAGAUGGCCACCGUGCUUGAACAGUGUCCCUCCAUCGUCCGCUUCGGCUACCAUUUUACACAGCAGGGGCCACGAGCUCGAGCAGCUCAGGCCAUGACCCGGAACAAUGAACUACGUCGCCAGCAAAAAAAGAGAUAACACUACCUUUGCCUUUACCAUCUAGAGCUGGGAGCCCUGAAUGCUUAUAUCCUUCUCUAUCCCCCUUUCCUGUAAAUAAAGGUCCUUCUCUCCA